CAAGAAUAGGCACAGCCCAAGUACAUAGGAUGUAUACAACGGAAGUACCUACUUGCACUCUAGAAAGUAGGAAACUAAGACAGAAACAAAUUCAGUACAUUAUCAUCAUUCCUUACAAAAUCUUAGCCCACAAACUCAAAGUCGAAAAGAAAAAAUUUCGAAGAUCUUCAAAAGAACGCUUUGUCUUCAAAACAUCUCCGAUUCCUUUCCAGCCAUAAACACCACAUUAAACACAAAAGAAUCAUUCUUGACUUGUGGAGAAAAAACUUAUUGACUUGUAGAUGCUGGAAAUUAUUGAACAAUAAAGACAUGAGUGGGUUUUAGGUAAGGCAGUAGUUAAUUUUCUCUUAGAGUGCAAUAAAUUUGAACUAUAAAUCCCAGUGAAGUUGGAAAUAUUGUUGGAAGGGUGACUACAAUAAUGGCUUACUGGAGAACUGAUUCUAGUUAUGACUUGCAGACUGAAAUAUGUUUGGAGGCCAGAUAGAGAAUAUCUUAAGUUAGAUUGGGGUUUUGUAUCUAAUGACCCAUGGAAGGCCUAAGCCACAUAUGGACGCAUGCUUCAAAGGGACUAGUCAAGGAUACAAUUGGAGCCUCUUUGAAUCAUUAUAAAGGGCUUGAACUUCUCCCUCUCAAGCAAUAUGGGAUCCCAUUCAACACCUCUGUGGUGCCCCGUUUCUCGGUAAAGAGCAAGGUGGGGAUACGUGGUGCCAGGGACUCCAGCCGGUUGGCAAUACUCUAGUUGUUCUUGUCAGGUCUAGGUGCGUAAUCAUGGAUUGAAUACGUGGUAAAUGAAAUAAGUCAUAGCAGAAUAAGUAAAGUUUUAGUCAGAGACUAAACUAAUUGUACCAGAGGUUUAUACCAAUGAGGACAUUCAUCCAUUAAUAAUAGUAAUAUACAUAUGUAAAUGUCACUUCUUCCCAUAUAAUAUUAUACAUUGUCAUUAGUUCAUCACCUACAUCUAAAUACAACAAACCGAACAUGGUUCGUCACCUAACUAAAAUAUACAUCUUAACGAAUACAAAGAUCUAAUAUCAAAGACAUGCCUAUAUACAACUCGGGUGGGAUCGAUCCUUCUUCCUCGAGGAACUCCGCUUGGGCUACAUUUGCAUCAAGAUCUACGGCUCCAGUAAACGAAAUCGCAAGUGGGACCACUAAAGUGAGACUUCUAAGAGAUAUUUCUUUUACUACGGUGGCACUAGUGCUACUCCUUCCAUCGCACCAUUUGAAGUCGCUUCUUGAAGACUUGGACCAGAUGUAGGGGUGAACACUUAACAAUCACAAAAGUGAGAUUCUGGCUUUUAACCAGUGCCUUUAAACUGUGGAACUGUCAUUUGUAUCUCUAACGUUCAUCUGACUCCAUGUAUGCUUGAAUAGGGGACCUUUGAUCUCAUCCAUCCAUUUGCCCUCUAGCCUUAUAGGAUGGCAGAGACUAACAUAAACAAGGUGUGCACGUCCUCUGCAGUUUGCCUUCGGUCAAAGCUCAGAGUCUGUCUUUAAAUGAGGGUCUCCCAAGUGGUGUUGGACCAUACCUUUGACAUAAGACGAUUUGGCCUGCAUGUUCAUAAUCUUUUUUCCAUGGGUUCACUUCAAAUGUGACAUCUCUAAUGGAAUGUAGGCCUCUGUGUAUGACACCUAUCGCCUUUGAGUACCUUUGUGUUGUCUUGGAGAGCUCUCACUUUUGUAUUGGUCUUAUCCUUCACCAUUGCUCGCCUUGUACUACAAGCCAUCAUUUUCUAGAACUACCAAACUCUUCAGCUUUUCGUUCUCGCCCUUGUACGGUUGGCACAAUAUUUGUCUGUUUGGCAUUGGUUGAAAAGUCCUUUAUCACCCGAUGCUGGACCGUAUCAGUCAGGCUUUCUACAAUGUGCUACUCGCCUUACUCUUUUGGUUUGGCCGCACAUUGCCUCUUCUUCACAGCCCUUUGCCCUUAGGAGGAUCUCUUCCCUUGCUUUGGCACAGUCCUCACAACCUUCCUAUACACAAUCAUACAAGGGUAUUACAUAGUAAUGCCUAAUGCCAAGUGUUUCCAAUGAGACUAUUGAAACAAUACUUCGAGAGGUCAGCUGCGGAUAUUUGGUCCAAAUGAUUCCAAGAUGGAUGUAAAGCAAGACCCAUAGAUUUUUAAUGAAUUUUAAGUGAGGAUGAUGUACUGGCACUCUUGUUCACUUUCACAAAAGAUCUCAUCUCAUCUUACUUAAUCAUUACAACUUUUUAAAAUUUCCAUACUGUUAGAAUAUAUUGUCUAUAAUGUGUUUGUAUAAGGGAAUAUGGGUCUCUUGUAUUUAGGGUAUAUAUAUACUUGUGUGUACACUGUGAAUAAGAAAAAAAAUAGAGUAUUAUUUCAUCAAAUCUCGUCUACAUGGUACUAGAGCGCAAUUCUCACGAAUCUGAGUUCUGUAUGGGUUGAGAGUGUUUUUCGGGUGUAGUUUGUGAGAUCACCGUGUUCCCCGGCGUGUUUCCGUGUGGUUUGGGUGCUCGUAGGUGCCGUGUGGUGGUUGAAUCGCUUUCCGGCCACUUUCUGGCAUCAUCUCCGGUACUGAACACCAGGGGUGAACUCGCCGGCAGUUUCUGUUGGUAAUAAGCCUUGUUGCCGUCGUCUUCAGCCGCCGGAAGGGGUCACCGUUGCCGAUCUAAUACCGUUUGGUUGCAGGUAAGCUCGUAUUCUAGUUCUGGAAUAGGCAUAACCUUGAACCUGUAUAAGGUUUUAUUCCAGGUUGGAAUAAAACGCGUUUGGUAACACGGAUAGCUUAAACCUAUCCUGGGUUAGGAUAGGCUUAUCCGAGAAAGAUCCAAAUGAGCCAGACCCGGAACCGAUCCGAGACCGACCCGGACCCAAUCCGAGACAGGUCCAUAUCGGCCAUAUAUCGGGCGAAACAGACCUGAUACCGGCCGAUACAGUCCGGUUCCGGCCACUUUCAGGCUGAUACAUACCGGUUCCGAACCGGUACAACACUUUUUUGACCGGUUCAGACUUGUUUCACCCGAUACAGGCCCAAGAUUUGGGUUUUUAAUCUGGAUUUCUACUUUUCCAGAUUGUAUUUUCCAGUUUUUCGUCCAUAUUUCAUGUUUUUUGUGUGAAAUCUUUGUUUCUAAGUGGAUUGUUGUGAUAUCUUGGUAUCUUUUCCAUGGCAACUAAAUUUGAGUCAAUGUCACUUGCACCAAAUAUUAAUAUGCCUAUGACUUCGGUGAAGUUAAAUGGAAAGAAUUACAUGUUGUGGUCAAGAUCCGUUGAAAUGUUUUUGAAAGGCAAGGGUCUUCGUCGUACUCAUCUGAUUGAUCCAAUUCCUGCUUUGACUAGUUCUACAUUUGCUCAAUGGGAGUAGGAAGAUGCUCAAAUAUUAUCUCUGAUGUUGACUAGUAUUGAACCUAGUAUUUGCUCAAGUUUAAUACAUUUUGACAUUGCUCAAGAGGUGUGGGGGCAUCUCAAAUAGAUGUAUUUAGGUGCUGGAAACAUAACUCGUAUUUAUGAGUUGUGUAAACAAUUAUUCGUGUUGGAACAUAAUGCUUUGGGCCUGGAAGACUAUUAUUCUCAAGUAAUGGGCAUAUGUGAAGAACUUAAAAUGUAUCAACCUGUCACUUUUGAUGUUCCAAGUAUGCUAAAACAACGAGAAGAUUUUAAUGUUGUUCGCUUUCUUGUUGGCUUAAAACCGGAGUAUGAUUCAGUGCGUUCUCAAAUUUUGGCAAGUCCACAGUUUCCCUCAUUUCCUGAUGUAUUCUUCCGACUUCAGCGAGCUACAUUAUCUUCUGGUCAGAGUAAUGAGAGAUCUGUUUUAACUGCUUCCUAUGUUGCUCCUGCUGGGCGUGGAGAUCGGAGUGGUAAAGGUGCACAUGGGGGAAGAGAUAAUCGCACUCAAGGUAGUGAAUUUCGUAAGUGCACCCAUUGUGGUCGCACUAACCACACAGUGGAUUAUUAUUGGGAUCUACAUGGUAGACCAUUUGGGUUUGCUAAUCAAGCCACUUUCCAAGAUGAUCCACAGUUAACGAGCUCCAACCGAUCUUCAGAUAUGAUUAAUAUAUCAAAGGAUGAGUAUGAGUGGUUUUUGGGUCACACAGGGGCUUCAUCUUCCACAGCUACUCUUACCCACUAAGGUAUAACAUCCGCAUGUCUUGUCUUAUCCACUCAAGGUCCAUGGAUCAUUGAUUUAGGAGCUAAUGAAUAUUUGACCGGUUUGUCUUCUGCCUUGUCUAAGUUAAAUAUUGUACCAUCUGUAAAAAGUGUCACUCUUGCUAAUGGUUCUCUUGCUAAAGUUACAGGCAUUGGAUCUACUAAACUCACUGACUCCAUAUCUUUGUCAUCUGUCCUACAUGCUCCGAGUUUUCCUUUUAGUUUGUUAUUUAUUAGUAAAAUUACUCAAAAUCUACAAUGUUUAGUGACUUUUUAUCCCUCUUCAUGUGUUUUUCAGGAUCUCAAGACGCGGAGGGGGGGGGGAUUGGUACGGGGCAUGAAGCUGGUGGUCUGUAUUACCUAAAUGUUCAACAGUCACCCACUCAAGCCCUUACAACCCCCUCAUCAUCUGCUUUUGAAUGGCACUAUCGGCUGGGUCAUCCCUCACUUUCUCUUUUGAAGUGUCAAAUUAGGAACUUAGGAAGUGCGUCUCCCUUUUCUUGUGAAGCGUGUCAACUUAGUAAACACCAUCGUGUGUCUUUUGUUCCUCGUAUUGAUAAACGAACAUCGAGUCCUUUUAAAUUGGUUCACUCUGAUAUAUGGAGACCAAUCAACAUUGAAUCAAAUAAGUUUCAAUAUUUUGUUACAUCUGUUGAUGACUACUCUCAUGUGACAUGGUUGUUUUUUAUGAAGGCCAGAUCUGAACUUCUUUCCAUAUUUCAAGUGUUCUGGAAACAAAUUAAAACUCAAUUUAACAAAAAGGUUCAGAUUUUGCAUUCUGAUAAUGUUAGAGAAUAUCUAUCUAGUGCCUUGGCUACUUACCUAAGUGACAAAGGAAUUAUUCAUCAAACAUCAUGUUCAUAUACACCCCAACAGAAUGGGGUGGCUGAACGCAAAAACUGGCAUUUGUUAGAUGUAACCUGAGCACUAUUGCUACAUAUGCAUGUUCCUAAACGGUUUUGGAGUGAUGGUGUUCUUACUGCUUGUCAUCUUAUUAAUCGUAUGCCUUCAUCAGUUCUUAAUGGUUCAUCUCCCUUCUCCGUCUUGUUUCCAUCAUCUUCACCUUUUUUUCUUCCGCCAAAAAUCUUUGGAUGUGUUUGCUUUGUUCAUAACCUUGGUCCAGGCUUUGAUAAACUUGACCCCCGUUCUACCAAGUGUCUCUUUGUUGGUUAUUCCUAGACUCAAAAAGGAUAUUGCUGCUAUAGUUCUGCUCUUAGACGCUAUUUCACGAGUACUGAUGUUACCUUCUUUGAGUCCAUACCUUUUUUUUCAAAUACAUUUUCGAGUGUUGAGUGUGAUCCUCUACCAUUACCUACUCUUACAUUAUCUCCCUCACAAUCACCCAACCUUACCCAACCUUCCCCAGUUCUUUUACAGGUUUACUCACGUCGCUUGCGGUCGCCGGCUCCCAUGCCCCAACCAGUUGUGCUUCCAUCUUCAGAUCCUGAGUUGCCCAGUACUUCGGACUCUCUACCUAUUGCUCUUCGCGAAGAUAAUCGUUCUUAUGUUACUUAACAUCCUAUUAGUCAAUUUGUUUCGUAUCAUGCCUUAUCCCCUUCAUUCUCAUGUUUUACAUCUCAAGUUUCAAAACUCUCUAUUCCUAAGACAUUCAGGAUGCAUUAUUUGAUCCGGGAUGGAGGACAGCUAUGGGAAAUGAAAUGGAUGCUCUUCAUCAUAAUGGCACAUGGGAUCUUGUUCCACUACCACCUAGUAAACAACUUGUUGGUUGUAAAUGGGUAUACACUAUCAAAUUUCAUCCUAAUGAUUUUGUAGAACGUCUGAAAGCCCGCUUGGUUGCAAAGGGCUACACUCAAACCUAUGGCAUUGACUACGAAGAGACAUUCUCUCCAGUUGCCAAAAUCUCUUCUGUUCAAGUGCUAAUCUCUCUUGCUACUAAUUUAGACUGAUCCUUAUUUUAGCUGGAUGUAAAAAAUACAUUCCUCCAUGGCGACUUGCAUGAGGAAGUUUAUAUGGAGCAACCACCUGGGUUUGUUGCUCAAGGGGAGUAUCGAGGUACUGUAUGCAGGUUGAAAAAGGCAUUAUACGGUUUGAAACAAUCUCCUCGAGCAUGGUUUGGAAGGUUCUCUGAUGCUGUAUUGACAUUUGGUCUUCACAGAUGCCAAACAGAUCACUCGGUAUUUCACUUGCAUAGUGAUUUUCAGACGAAAGACUUGGGCAAGCUUAGAUAUUUCCUUGGAAUUGAAGUCAGUAGAUCUAAAGAGGGCAUCAACUUAUCUCAGAGGAAAUAUAUACUUGAUCUUUUAGAAGAAACCGACAUGUUGGGUGCACGAUCUCUUGACACCCCUAUGGAUCCCAAUUGUAAAUUCUUGAAAGAAGGGGAGUUGUUUAGAGAUCCAGGUAUGUAUCAAAGACUUGUUGGGAAAUUGAACUAUCUUACCAUCACUAGACUGGGCAUCUUUUAUGCAGUGAGUGUACUGAGUCAAUUUUUACAAACGCCUAGGAUCUCACAUUGGGAUGUUAUAAUUCAUAUUCUUCGUUAUCUCAAGCGAGCACUUGGCCUUGGAAUACUAUAUCGAUUAAAUGGACAUCUUAGAGUUGAAGCAUUUUCAGAUGUUGAUUGGGCAGGAUCUCCUUUAGAUAGAAUAUCUACUACGAGAUAUUGUACCUUUGUAGGAGGUAACUUGGUUACAUGGAAGAGUAAGAAACAAACAGUAGUAGCUCGUUCUAGUGCGGAAGCUGAAUACAGGGCAAUGGCACAUACUACUAGUGAGCUGACAUGGUUACAACACUUUUUUCAAGAGAUUGGGUUUCCAGCUCCUAUCCCUCUCCAGCUAUUUUGUGAUAAUCAAGUUGCACUGCAUAUUGCCUCUAACCCUAUGUUUCAUGAGAGGACUAAACAUAUAGAGAUUGAUUGUCACUUCAUUCGAGAUAAGAUACUAAGUGGUGACAUUGCUACACCUUUUGUGAAGUCCGCAGAUCAACUUGCAGAUGUGUUUACUAAAUCCUUGUGUUGGAGUCGAUUAAAACCUAUUUGUUUCAAGUUAGGUUUAUAUGAUGUAUAUGCCCCAGCUUGAGGGGGAGUGUUAGAAUAUAUUGUCUAUAAUGUGUUUGUAUAAGGGUAUAUAGGUCUCUUGUAUUUAGGGUAUAUAUAUACUUGUGUGUACACUGUGAAUAAGAAAAAAAAUAGAGUAUUAUUUCAUCAAAUCUCGUCUACACAUACAAAAUAAAAUAAACAAUUCAACUUUUUCAAAUCCCAACACAAAAAUACUAUUAAAACAAUAUAUUUUAAUAAUAUUUUAUUUAACUUUCAAUUUUAAUCUUAACUCAUUUCAUCUUAUCUCUGAGAACAAACGAGGCCUUAAUUCUUAUAGCCCGGAAUAUGAUUUAUAUGCUUUUUUAAUUAGCUUCCUAAUCUUUUUGUUUUGGAUCACUCUAGUGAGUCAUAGCUUAUAGUGAGUCAUACCCAAGCUAUUUACCGAUGUAAAUUCCUGCGCUAUAUUCUAACAUGUUUGAAUAUUGUGUA